AUGGGGAAAAAUCUGUCACCCGAAAGCGAGGUUGGGUCCAAACAACAAAAGAACGUGGACGCUUGGUUGCCAAUAACGUCCUCUAGGAACGCUAAAUGGUGGUACUCUGCAUUUCACAAUGUCACUGCCAUGGUCGGUGCUGGUGUGCUCAGCUUGCCCUAUGCCAUGUCCAACCUUGGAUGGGGACCUGGAGUGACAAUAAUGAUAAUGUCAUGGGUGAUAACGUUUUACACACUAUGGCAAAUGGUGGAGAUGCACGAGAUGGUUCCAGGGAAAAGGUUCGAUAGGUACCACGAGCUUGGUCAACACGCGUUUGGCGAGAAGCUCGGACUGUGGAUUGUGGUGCCGCAACAGCUGAUCGUUGAAGUAGGUGUGAACAUUGUGUACAUGGUAACGGGAGGGAAGUCAUUGAAAAAAAUCCACGACCUUCUUUGCACCGAUUGCAAAGACAUAAGAACUACCUAUUGGAUCAUGAUCUUUUCUUCUAUACACUUUGUUCUCUCUCACCUCCCUAAUUUCAAUUCCAUGUCCAUCGUCUCUCUGGCCGCCGCGGUUAUGUCUUUGAGCUAUUCGACAGUCGCUUGGGCAGCCUCCGUAAAGAAAGGUGUUCAACCAGAUGUAGACUACUCGUUUAAAGCCACGACGAGGUCAGGAAAAGUAUUCAAUUUCUUGAAUGCAUUGGGAGAUGUGGCAUUUGCGUAUGCUGGACACAAUGUUGUAUUGGAGAUUCAAGCUACUAUUCCUUCAACUCCUGAGAAACCAUCUAAGAUCCCAAUGUGGAGAGGAGUAGUAGUUGCCUACAUUGUGGUCGCUAUCUGCUACUUUCCCGUUGCAUUCGUUUGCUACUACAUUUUUGGAAACAGCGUGGACGACAAUAUUCUCAUGACGUUACAUAACCCAAAAUGGCUUAUCGUCAUGGCUAAUGCUUUUGUGGUCGUCCAUGUUAUCGGAAGCUAUCAGAUAUACGCAAUGCCGGUCUUUGACAUGCUUGAAACUUUUUUGGUAAAGAAGAUGAUGUUCCCUCCUUGCUUCCAACUCCGCUUCAUCACCCGCACUCUAUAUGUUGGUUUCACUAUGUUUGUUGCCAUAUGCAUCCCGUUUUUUGGCGGAUUACUUGGCUUUUUCGGAGGAUUUGCAUUCGCCCCAACAACUUACUAUCUACCAUGCAUCAUGUGGUUGGUUCUCAAGAAACCAAAGAAGUAUGGAUUGUCUUGGUCUCUUAACUGGUUUUGCAUAGUAGUAGGUGUUAUAUUGACGAUCAUAGCGCCCAUUGGUGGCCUCAGAACCAUCAUUGUCUCCGCCAAAGAUUACAAAUUCUUCUCUUGA